CGCCCAGCCGAAGCCUUCGCCAAACCCAAAUGUCAGUUGAUCGUAGCAGGCCGUCGGGUUCGGAAGUGAGUGCUUGUUUUACAGUGUACUCUGUGCAGCAGCUUUUUGCGGAUAUACAGACUGCAAUAAAUCUAAGGUUUGCGCGCGGGCUUUCGCGCAUUGGAGCAUAGUCUCUCGUGAUCACGUUCGGGAUUUUGCAGCGGGCAGACUUUUGGAAAGUGAUCGAUCAACUUCGAGAGCAGUGGAACGGAUUUUUCUUUCUUCCAUUGAGCGCUUUGUCUAUAAGACGAUUUGGUGAUCGCGUGUUUUGGAGAUUUUUUCCUAUGUUAUGCUGACCAUAUCUACAUAUAUGCGUUGUAUCGCGAGUGAUGUGCAUGGAAAAGUGAAAGAGUGAAAUUGCGAAAAAAAUAUUCAUCGUUGAAAAGAGGAAUAAUUGAUUUUUGGUUGGUUAUUUUCUGUAAGAAAAAUUGAAGGAAGUUUAAAAACCAAAUUGUGUUUGAAACGAGUAAAGGACCUAAGUGAAAAGUUCGUUGGUAAUCUCGUAAGUGUCUUAUAAAACUGCAUACUCAAACCGGUACAUGUUUUUUAUUCCGAUAAAUGAGAAACGUCAUAAAACUGGAGAAAGAGGAAAGUCUUGGAUCAGUGCGAACAGUCCAUCGGGUGUGUAAUUGUAGGGGUUUUGUGGAGAACCGGGAGCAGUCUGGCGUGACCAAAACCUUCUUCCCAAUGGACGAAGAAAACUAAUAUUUAUUCUGUCCGAGUUUCUGCUUGAUGCUUGAGAGUUGGUACGGAACGGACGGGGAGGCGAUCAACCGAGUGCAAGGUGAAACGAGUGGAUCAUAAGAAUUGUUGUGUGGAGCUUAGAGCUUCAAUUGCUUGAGUGCAGUUAGGAACAAAAAAGGGAUCGGCUCAGAAACGUUUGAGAGCGAUCGUGGAAAAGCAAGGCCAACUCGAUUUACUACGCUCUGCAGCGGACUACUACAACAAUUUGCGAAGCCAGAGGAUAUAGGCAGAUACGACACUAUAACUAUACCUAGAACCGCCGCUGAUUGUGGACUCGUGUAAUUUUGGCCUUGUCGGUUGGCGCGAGCCAAUUCGCCGGAAAGCCAUGUGCUCCGUUAGAACCAUCGUCGUGUGGCAGCUGCGUUAGUGGGUCAAAUUCUGCACUCUAACUGUGUGUUCGGUGAUCGGUGGAAUUUUCUUGGGUUCCUCAAAAGGAUAGAGUCGUCAGAACGUCGCAAUGACGUCAUCGAAUGAUAUCGGUGGAGGAGGUGGCGGCGGACAUAAUGUGCGUCACCAUCACCACCACCAUCACCGAAGUGGAAGCAAUAGUCAGAACAAUAUUGUUGGCAGGAGAAUCAGCAAUGUAAGCGUGAACAAUAUGCAUAGCAACAGCAGCAACAACAACAAUAAUGGCAGUUCGAACAACAUCAAUGCCAGCUACAAUCACAACAACAACAACAACAACAGCUCUCGGAUGGAGAAGGAGAAAGACUGGGAUUUUAAGAAAAGUACAAAAUAUCCCGACUCGGACGACUGUGAUUCCCUUCCACCUCCACCACCGCCGGAAGACGAUCCCUACUUUGACGAUCUCCAUUCACCAACGACCCUGCAUCACAACGGGCACCUUCACCACCUGAACCUUAGCCUGGACACAUCCCCCCAUGGAGAUUCCAGUCCCGACAAACCCCGCAAACAUCGAUCCAACUCGGACAGCAGUCAAACGAAGCAUCAUCGGAACGGCGGACUACACCACAAGUCAUCCAAUGGGCAUCAUCACCAUCACCACCACCAUCACCAUCAUCGACAUCCCAACAAGAACAGCCGAGCGGAUUCGGUCCUGUCCAGCGAUUCGGACAUUCGGUUUACCCGGAGAAAGCUGGGGGAUAACCAGAAGUGUGGCUGUGCGCUGAUUGCGGGCUUUUUGCUGAUACUGCUGUUUGCUGGAGUCAUUGUCUACGUGGGAUACACCUAUCUACGGCCAGAACCGCUCCCAGAUCGAAUAUUCCGAGCGCGGUUGCGGGUAGUGGAUGGCGAUUCUUGGAUACCGGAACUGGCGGAUCAGAGCACACCUCGAUUCCAGCAACGAGCACGGGACUACCGGGAACGAAUCAACCUGAUCAUGCGACGAUCUGACUUGAGGGAACCGUAUGAGGGAAGUGAAAUUCUGGCACUUGAUGGCAACGAAGGCGAAGAUCUGACCCUACACUUUGCGAUGUACUUCGACCCGUACGCCGAACUAGUCUCCACGGCCGAUCUGCACUCGAUCCUCAUGGAGGAGAUCAUCUCCGAGCAUCCACGCUACUUCCGUAAUCUAACGAUCGAUCCGUCCAGUUUGAUCAUCAAGGAAGUUCUUGGCCAGUUUGACGACAUUCCGGGGACUUCGUCCUCUCCGCUAGGUGGCAAGGAUGACGAGAUCAGCGAAGUGGUAACCACCGUACGACCUCCACGAAAGUGUGAACCCCUGCGUCUUAACUACUGUCGGUCGGUCGGUUACAACAUGACGACCUAUCCGAACUUCUUCGGGCACGGUUCGAUCGAAGAGGUCGAAGCUGACCUGAUCUCAUUCCGGGAACUAGUCGACGCGGAGUGCUUCCGACAAGCAUUCGAUUUCGUCUGUCGAUUGCUUCAACCGCCGUGCGAGUACCGCAGGAUCGAGGAACCAGUGGCUGGUAAGAUCUGUCGUCAGUAUUGCCAAGCCUUCUGGAGCGGAUGCGGUGAUCGACUACCGGAACGAUUCAAGAAGUUCUUGGAUUGCGAACGGUUUCCGGAGUCUACGGCGAUCCAGUCGUGCCAUAGUCGACCGGGCUGCACCAGUGAAUUGCAAUCGAAUGCUCUGUCCUCGCGACUGUGCGACGGAGUGGCCGACUGUCCGGAUCUUUCCGAUGAGAACACCUGCACGUUCUGUCCGUACGGAGCGAUCUACUGUGGUAGAGGUCGAGCAUGCUAUGCGAAAAAUGCUCGCUGUGACGGAAAAAUGGAUUGCCCCGAUGGAAGCGACGAGAAGGAUUGUCUAUCAAUCUCACCUCAAGUGACCUAUCUGACAUUCCCACCACCCAUCGCACCCUACCGGCCUCGCUUCUUCUCGGAAGGCUACGCAGUAUUCUCCGAAAAGGGUACAACCGGUAAACUGUGUUCCGUGGGCAUGGAAGGGAACGACUACGUGCGCAGUACAGUUGCCGAAUCGCUGUGUAAAGCGCUUGGCUUCGAACGGGUGGACUAUUCGCAGAUUCGCAACGAUACGGAACCGAACACAAGCUAUGUGAGGGUGCUGGAUCCUAGGGCGUCGGAGAUCUCGUUUGUGCGGACUACCUGCCAGAGCAAGCAAUCGUUGUACGUGAGUUGUGGACAGUUGGAAUGUGGAGUUCAGUCCGCUCUGCCGAGCAAUCCCAACGUGGGUCUGUCCAAGAUGGCUUCGCCGGGCGAUUGGCCCUGGAUGGUAGCUUUGUUCCGUGCGGAUACGCACGUUUGCGAUGGAACGCUGGUUUCUUCGGAUUGGGUGCUCACAACGGAGUCUUGCUUCCAAGGUCAAGCGAAAGCAACGUGGAUGGCAAUUUUCGGAGCAGUACGUUUGUCCUCCAACGCACCUUGGACGCAACGCCGGAGAAUCAUCGGUAUGGUGAAAUCACCCGUUGAAGGCAGCACCGCCGCUUUGGUCCGCCUGGAAAAUCCCGUCAUCUACUCGGACUUUGUCCGCCCGAUUUGCCUGCCGGAUAUUCCCCUAAAGGAAACUAUCGAUCGCAGCGACAACAUCGUAACUCCUACCCCUCACGCUGAGAAGUUCUCCAAAACGCGCCCGAAGAAACGCCUCAAGGAGUACCGACAGUACUUCGAAACCCCUGGAGAUGACGAUUCUUCUGACGACUACACCGAAGAUGCCGAAUCUUCUCGCUACACGACCAACGAGUUCAACGUGGAGUUCACCGACGAAGGUUCCCAGAUCCCCAAAGCAGAAGCCGUCCAAGUCACCGGAACCAAGAACCCGUACCCGCUCCCGGAAAACUCCCCGCAGACCAACAACUACAUCUCCACGUUGAACUACAUUGGCAGCGGCUUCCAACCACCAAAGUCCAAACAAACCGUCUGGACCAACUGCAACACGCUAGGCUGGAGUCGCCAACGCGAUCACCUGCAGCGAGUACAGCUCAAGAUCAGCGAUAUGAAGCCCUGUGAGAACAUCUCGAUCGCAACGGUGAACAGCAUGUGCACGGAAGCGGCCUAUCACAAGCAGGACUGCAGCGAAGAGGAGUUCGCUGGGAGUCCCGUAGUAUGUCUACUCCCCACCGAAAGGAAAUGGGCACUGGUGGGAGUUGCCUCGUGGAGAAUCGCUUGUGCCCCGAACGGAAUCGAGCGACCUCGCAUGUACGACAAGAUCACGUCCAACACCCAAUGGAUUCGGGAAACGAUCGCCGCCACGGUGUAGCACUCAAUCCUCCGGAGUUCCCCGAGAAGAGGUAGUGAUCAACUCGAUGUGCAAAUAUUAAGCUUAGUGUGAAUGCGUGACGGGGAGUGCAAGGUGCGUGCGGAGAGAACGUUCCAAAGGAUGAUGCAAAGCGACACAUAAUGCCAUUUGAUUACCUUGAGAUCGUCGUGCGAUGGUCUGGUUCCCUUUCCGAGCAUGUGGUUAUGGGGGAAAGUCUGAAACAUGUACGUUUUAUAACCGAAAGAACGAAAAUGUAGAAAUGUUAUGUACACCCUUUUUUUGUUUCUCGCGACAAUUAAUAUCCUAACGAUCUAAUCACCUGUGAGACAACGAAACUUGUUUUUGUACGAGCAGCUCAAACAACUGUGUAUAAAGCAAAAUUUAUAUUAUUUUUAAACCUAUUUUAACUGUACGAAUUACGCUGUUGUAUUACUGUUAUAGAAAUCUUUAACUGAAAUUAUUCUCUAGAAGUGUAAAAAAUCGUGCGACAAUCCGAAACACUAUGCGAAUAAAGAUAUUGUAACAAAUUUAAUAUCUUAUAACAUUA